AUGUCGGACGCACUGAUUCCACAGGCCAUGAAUGGUGCCCGUGACGGGAAGUCCCAUCGUGGACGAAAGCAUAAAAGGAACCACGGCCAUUCAGCCAACCAUGUUUUGCCGGAGGCCUCGCCGUACACAGGAGCCGGAAUACCACUACACGAUGCCCAGGAGCCGCUUUACUCUUCUAACUCCGUUAAGAAGGAUCCUUUCACUCAAUACCUUGAUAAACAGAGCCUCGGCUUGAAAAAUGGUUCGAACGGAGGCGCCAGCUUGGGCGAAUAUCAUGGCUAUGGGAAUUCUACCUCCCAGGACACACUUUCUUUUGGAGGCGGAAUUGGCAGUGACGCAAACGUGCAGACGCCUCUGAAGCAUCAUGUACCACAUCUCGUUCGGUCCGAUGGGCUUAGACAACAGAUAAUCUCUGGUGCUCUCAUUGCUAUGCCAUUCGUAGCGUCAUAUCUCCUCACAACCACUGCGACAGCCCCUUUGAGCAAUGCCAAAGCUGAAACUCAGAGUAAAAAUAUGUCGCAUUCACCCCAAUUAACGAGCACCCCAUUACUAGUGUCUUGCGCAUACGUAUCCGUUGCUCUACUGCUACACGGUUUAUACGAGAAGAUACGUCAGGGGCGUAUGAAGGGCAAUGCCGGAAUCACUGCAGCUCUCCAGCCAAACCGCUCGAGUCUUUACGACGGGAUGAGAACUGCGAUAUGGAUGAGCCUGCCUCUUUAUGCUUCGUUUAUGAUUGGGUUUGAUGUCGUGAUCGCUGUGUUAUUGUUGCAUCUCUCCAUAGAUUCAAGGGUUGACUCUAGAGGGAACAUGUUGACUAGAGUAACGCAGAUCCUUAAGCACAGGAAGGUGUCAGCGUUAUUUAUCAUCGCAAUGGCUGUUUUGGAUGUUGCAUAUAUAUCCCCUGCUGUCCCUUUGGCGACAUGUAAAGGGUACAUCGCCAUUACCGUUGCUAUACUGCUUCCGUCGCCUAGUUCUCCCUCGACACCUGCUGAAGCUGCUGUGGAUGAAAAGUUCGCUUCAGGGAAGGAUAAUAUUGAUGAUACGGCUACCGUGAACCUCGUUAUUGGCACAGUUCUCGCGGCCUUAAUCGUGUUUGUUGUCUUGUUCUCCGGUGGUUUCUCUGUUACGUCCUUAUCGUUUCUCCCUGUUUUCGUUGUUGGUUUAUGCACUGCAACAUCCUUAUUGAUCUAUGGCGUCGACGCCAUUGGUAACUCAAAUCUGCCCAGGAUUGCCUCAGGUGCCAUAAUUGCAAUCCUGGCGACGUUGGUAACAUCUCGACCGGAUAUCAUACCUCUACAAGCUGCUCGGUUUGGGCUCGCUUGCCUCGCAUUCUUCGCUGACAGCAAAAUGACACAUAACCACCACAACCACUCGCACGAAAAAGUAGAAAAGAAACCCUCGAAAAUGACUCUGUGGCUUUUAGGAGUGUGUGAACAGUGGCCUUUUAUACACGCGAUCCUGAAGGAGAGGGAUUCGCGGCGUAUAUUUUAUUUCAUGAAUCUUAACCUAAUGUUUAUGGUGGUCCAGUUGACAUAUGGUGUCAUGACUGGUUCUCUAGGACUCCUAAGCGACAGUAUUCAUAUGCUGUUUGACUGUUUUGCUCUCGCAGUUGGCCUAGCUGCCGCUGUUAUGAGCAAAUGGCCUCCAAGCUCUCGUUUUCCAUAUGGCUACGGCAAAAUUGACACGCUUGCAGGUUUUGGAAACGGUGUGUUCUUAAUGAUUAUAAGCGUUGAAAUCAUAUAUGAGGCUGUGGAAAGGUUGAUGUCAGGCAGCGAAGUGCACAGAAUUGGUGACCUCUUUGUCGUAAGCUCCCUUGGCCUGGUUGUUAAUAUGGUCGGGAUAUUUGCAUUUGACCAUGCACAUCAUGGCCAUGGCCAUGCUGCGCACGACCAUGACCACGGGCAUGGGAACGAAAACAUGCACGGUAUAUUCUUACAUAUACUUGCUGAUGCCCUUGGGUCGGUAGCGGUAGUCUCGUCAACCGUACUGGUACACUUUUUUGGCUGGUCUGGAUUCGACCCGAUUGCAUCAUGCCUGAUCGCUAUUCUAAUUUUUGUCUCGGCUAUACCGCUUGUUAUCAGUACGUCAAAGACUUUGCUUCUCGCAUUGCCGGCGGACGUCGAAUACAGCCUUCGAGAUACCCUCGCCGGAGUUAGUGUCAUGCGAGGGGUGGUUGGAUAUACUGUACCAAAGUUCUGGCUCGACGAUACUGUUCAUGACCAUAAUCACAAACAUCAUGGACAUAGUCAUAGUCAUACUCAUGAUCAUGCUGAUCACGGUCAUCAGCAUACCCGCGGGGGAAGCCAUGGCUCUUCGAACCACAGCUACAACUCUCAUUCCCACUCUGAUCAACACUGCCAUACCCAUGGUCACAGUCAUAGCCACGGACACGGAAAUGGACACGGACACGGACACGGACACGGCCAUGGUCACAGCCAUGACCACUCUCAUAGCCACCUGGGCCACGGCCACGGCAAUAGCAGGCGUGUCCUCGGCGUCAUACACAUCAUUGCUUCCAAAAAUUCAGACCUGUCAGAUGUCCAUUCUCGUGUGGCUAACUACUUAAGUGAGAAAGGAAUGGAUGUUCUAAUUCAAGUCGAGAGAGAAGGCGAUGGCAAAUGUUGGUGUGGUGGAAGUAAAUAA